AAUUUAAAAAAUAAUAAUAAUAUUUGACAUAAAGUUAUCGUUUAUUUUUUAAAUUUAUUAAUAAUUUUAAUUAAUUUAUAUUUUGUUAUCCUCUCAAUCGCCGCCGCCGAGACAAAAUGCUGGCCAUAUAUCGGUUAAAAAACGGUUUCGGCCGACUGUCGCCACUUGUCUUAAACAACGCCACGACAACAACAACAACCCGAGGCGUUCAAUCGUCGGUCCCGAAAACUACCGAAGAGACACCGAAAUCAUCGUCGAAGGCCACCACUAGUACUACUACUGCCGACCGAAAACGACAUACACACGAUUCGUCAUCGUUUGUGAUGAACCUGUUCUGCGGCGAAGGCAAAGUUGUCCAACAGUUUCCCUAUCCGCAGGUAUUGUCCACUGAGGACAUCCAGAUUGUCGAUAUGGUUACCGAACCGUUGACCAAAACGUGGACAACUGAGGACGCCAUACGCUACGAAGAUGCCAUGGUCUACGAUGACAAGCUAUGGCAGCGGCUGAAAGAUAUGGGUUCGUUUGGUAUACAAGUGCCGCCCGAAUACGGCGGUAUGGGCGCCAAUGCUACACAGUUUGCCCGAUUGGGCGAAAUUAUGGGCCGAUACGAUCUGAGUCUUGGUGUUGUUUUGGGCGCCCACCAGAGUAUUGGUUUCAAGGGUAUACUAUUGUUCGGUACUGACCAGCAAAAACAGAAAUAUCUGCCCGAUUUGGCCGCCGGUAAUCGGAUUGCCUGUUUCUGUUUGACGGAACCGUCGGCUGGUUCGGACGCCAGUGGUAUCAAAACAAAGGCCGUGUUGUCAGCCGACGGCAAACACUAUAUACUAAACGGAUCGAAGAUUUGGAUUUCGAACGGCGGUAUUGCCGAUGUAUUUACCGUUUUUGCCAAAACACCGGUCAAAGCGGCGGACGGUACGGUUAAAGAAAAGGUUACGGCAUUUAUUGUCGAACGAGGACCUGGGCUGACGUCGGGUCCGCCGAACAAGAAAAUGGGUAUCAAAGCGUCCAAUACUACCGAAGUUUUCUUCGACAACGUCAAAGUGCCAGUGGAUAACGUAUUGGGCGAAGUGGGCGGCGGUUUUAAAGUUGCAAUGAAUAUACUGAACAACGGCCGGUUCGGUAUGGCCGGUGCUCUCAGCGGUGCAAUGCGCACGUGUAUCGAAAAGGCGACCGAACACGCGACCACACGGACACAGUUCGGCAAUAAGAUAUCGACGUACGGAACGAUUCAGGAAAAGAUUGGCCGAAUGUCGAUUAGUCAUUACGUUACCGAAUCUAUGGCCUAUAUGUUGAGCGGUAUUAUGGAUAAAGGAUUUGCUGAUUAUCAGUUAGAGGCGGCCAUCAGUAAAGUUUAUGCAUCGGAAGCGGCCUGGUUUGUCUGCGAUGAGGCCAUACAGAUAUUGGGCGGUAUGGGCUAUAUGAAGGAAACGGGACUCGAAAAGAUAUUGAGAGACACCCGAAUAUUUAGGAUAUUCGAGGGAACUAACGAUAUAUUAAGACUAUUUGUUUCACUAACCGGUGUACAGUACGCCGGCGGCCAUCUAAAGGAACUGCAGCGGGCAAUGAACAAUCCGGUGGCCAAUUUGGGUAUGAUUUUCGGCGAAGGAACCAAACGAUUUGCCCGAUCCGUAGGCUUGUCGUCGGGUCCGUCGCUGGCCGAGUACGUUGAUCCGCAGCUACGGGACAGUGCGGCACAGGUAUCGAAAAGCAUACAAAACUUUGGCGCAUCUGUCGAACAUUUGCUCAUCAAAUACAAUAAAAACAUAAUACACGAGCAAAUACUGUUGCGCCGGUUGGCCGACGCGGCCAUCGAUAUCUACGCUAUGGUUGUGGUAUUGUCGCGAACUACCCGUGCGCUCAACAAGAAUCUCAACAGCGCUAACAUCGAGAAGAAUAUAUGCGAUGUCUUCUGUUCAGAGGCAUCGGAUCGUAUUGUCGAUAACCUGAGCAGUUUGAGGGCCAGCCCUAAGCUAAGAAACUACGAGUCCCUGAAACUGAUAGCCGACGAGGUGUUCAGCAACGGCGGUGUCGUACAGAAUCAUCCAUUAGAUCCAUAGAUAUAUAUAUUUAUAAAUAUUG